UUUACUUUUUCGGAAUAUUAUAACCAUGUCGGAAAGCGAAGUAGCUUUGAACGAUCAGGAUGCAAGCACUGAGGCUGAUUUGGCAGGCGCCUACGAAGAAGAUGAUGAUGAAGAUGCUGAGCCAAUUACUGCUCAAAAAGUCUUGGAGAUAUUGGAGACUGCUUGGACGAAUGAAAUGUGUGCGCCGGAAUUGCUGCAGCAUCAAACGGAUAUGCUGGAGCUAAUGCUAUCACAGGUAGCGCAUAUGGAGGAGCAAAUGAGAGACUUGGAGAAAAAUGACUUUCGUUAUGUAGUGCAUCAAAUGGAACUGGAACGUAUACGCUACAUAAUGACAAGCUACUUGCGUUGCCGGCUGCAAAAAAUUGAAACAUUUACCCAGCACAUACUCAACCAAGAAGCGGCUCGUGAGCCAGCCGAUAAGCGUCUAUCGCCAGAAGAAGCCAAAUUCGCACAAGAAUUUGCUACGCAUAUGGAUGAAUAUUUCCACAAAGUGGCCACACAGUAUAUGCCCAGCCAGCAGCGAGGCGAAGCGGAACAGCGUAUUGUAACGCCUAAUCUUAUGAGCCAUGUAUUUCUCAAGGCCAAUGUGGCAGUUUCUGGCGUCAUUGUGGGCGUUGAUGAUGAGGAAGUUGAUCUGACGCCGGGCUCACAACAUAUUAUACCCUAUCAGCUAGUAGCUGAUCUCAUACAAAAAAAUCAAGCGCAACUCAUUUAAAUAUAUAUAUUAAUUACCAAUAACCAUAAU